AUGGCGGAGAACGGGAUGGAGCGGAAGCCAUGGAGGUUCGACUUCAACCCGAAGCUGAGGGACGCCGCCAGCAGGAAUAUCCGGAGUACUGUCGACCUCCUCCGCUCCAAUAUCGACAGAUCAGACGCCAGGCCGGUUAUCCCUCUCGGCCAUGGCGAUCCCUCCUCCUUUCCCAGCUUCCGCACCACCGCAGUCGCCGAGGCGGCAGUUGUUUCCGCCGUCCGAUCCGGCGAUUACAACUGCUAUGGCGGCUCUCGCAACCUCGUCCCCUCCAGACGGUUGUCUCGUCGAAAAUGGUUCCAGAUUUCUUUCCUGUAAGAUCUGUUCUCACAUAUCUUUCCCUGUUUCCAGGGCAGUGGCUGAAUACCUCUCCCGGGAUCUCCCCUAUCAGCUAACUCCCGAUGAUGUUUUCCUGACGAUGGGCUGCCUCCAUGCAAUCGAAACUGUGAUCUCUGUCCUCGCUCGUCCCGGGGCCAACAUCUUGCUCCCGAGGCCUUAUUACCCUUUCUAUGAAGUUAGAGCCCAGUUCAGCGGGGUCGAGGUCCGCUACUUCGAUCUCCUACCUGACAGGGGUUGGGAAAUCGAUCUCGAUGCCGUGGAAGCCCUAGCCGACGACCGCACAGCAGGGAUGGUCAUCAUAAACCCCGGGAAUCCUACCGGGAGUGUCCUGAGCUAUGGCCAUCUGGAGAAGGUCUGUGAUUUACACCGGUAGAUCUUCUUCUUCUUCUUCUUCUUCUUCUUCUUCUUCUUCUUCUUCUUCUUCUUCUUCUUCUUCUUCUUCUUCUUCUUCUUCUUCUUCUUCUUCUUCUUCUGUCCAGGUCAAUCCUCGUUUCCCCCAUUUCAGGUCGCAGAGACGGCGAGAAAGCUUGGAAUCAUGAUCAUAGCCGACGAGGUGUACGGCCAUCUGGUGUUUGGGAAUAAUCCCUUUGUGCCGAUGGGAGUCUUCGGGUCCGUAGUUCCUGUCCUCACAAUUGGAUCUAUCUCAAAGAGAUGGGCGGUGCCUGGUUGGCGGCUGGGGUGGAUUGCUGCCUGUGAUCCAGACGGUAUUCUCAAGGACGCGCAGGUACUUCACAGCAAUCGCAUCCAUGAUUAUCAGCAAUGCGAGCAUUUCCAUGCAUAUUUGUAUGAUCAAAAUGGGAUGUCAUCUGGAUGCUGAUCAUCCCAAGGAACCCAUCAUGCGCAGUUGGAAUGAGAAAAAAAUCAGUGAAUUGCGGGGCGAUUUAUGGGUGGCUGCUGCAUCUUUCUGUGAUCUACUAAAAACUGCGGAAUCAACCAUGAACACCAUGAUCACGUCCCAAUCUGUAUAAACUUUUUUUAUGGCAAAUAUUGGAUUAUAUCGAUAUAUCAUCACUUUCAUGUUGUAAUAUUUGCUUAGAUUUCUCCGGCGGAUCGAUCAGAUUCUAACUCUGGCUGUUCUUCCGCUGUCUGUCUCGUUUGAAGAUCGUCAAGUACAUCAAUGAAUACCUCAGCAUCACUUCAGAGCCCGUGACUUUUAUCCAGGUCGGAGCCCAUUCCCUCAUGAAAUCUCUGCAUUUUCUCUGCAUUUCUAAUACUCACCGAGAUAUAAGCCUUGGUCUCUGCAUCAGGGGGCGAUUCCUGAAAUCAUCAAGAACACGACUCAAGAUUUCUUCGACAAGAUGAUAUCCUUGCUGAGGCAAAUGGGGAGCAUGUGCUACGACAGAGUACAGGAGAUGGGCUGCUUCCAUUGCCGGCACAAAGCAGAGGGAUCCAUGUUUAUGUUGGUGAGGCCCGAUCCAGAGCCGCUGUUUCUCAAAGGAUCGUCCUCUGAAAUGCUGCGCUCUUCAAUGCAGGUGGAACUGGACUUAUCCCGUCUCCAAGAUAUCACCGACGACGUUGACUUCUGCUGCAAGCUGGCCAAAGAAGAGUCUCUGAUUAUUUUACCAGGUCUGAUCUCUUGUGGACCUUUCAGUAGGAUUCGAACCCAGAUGACGUUGACCAUUUGUCAGAGAAAAAAGAAUUCAAGAACACCCAAGAAUUGAAACAAGAACACACCAAAAAAAAAAUUGCCUUGCAGUGAUCUGUAUCAAACACCUGAGUGGACAUCCAAAAAUGUGCAGGGAGCACCGUGGGGCUGCCGAACUGGCUUCGAAUCACGUUCGCCGUCGAGCCGUCUUCCCUGGAGGAUGGUCUUCUCCGUCUGAAGGCCUUCUGCAGGAGGCACGCCAAGGGCGGCAAGUGA